AUGGAUGUGAUGAAAAAUCAAGAUUUUGUUGCUCCACCCUCGAAAUGCAUGGAUCGACCAGCUAACAAGAAGAGGCUUUAUCAAGUUUGGAAGGGUCGCAACAAAUUUUUUUGCGGGGGGCGAUUGGUCUUUGGUCCAGAUGCAGGAUCGAUCCUCUUGUCUACCUUCCUGAUUGGUGGGCCCGCAUUGACAUUCUGUGUCCGACUGUUUUUAAGAAUUUCCGAGCUCGAUUACUUAUACGGGCAUGUUGUAUUAAGUGUGGCAAUUGUUCUAACCAUUUUGGACUUGGCUUUUCUCUACAUGACAUCCUCGAGAAAUCCCGGAAUAAUUCCUAGAAAUCGACAGCCGCCCGAUAUAGACAACACGUCGAACUCCAUUACAUCGAUCGACUGGAUAACCUCAGCCACCCCAGACCUUAAACUACCGAGAACAAAGAAUGUUUUAGUAAACGGACACACGGUUAAAGUCAAGUAUUGCGACACGUGUUUGUUGUACCGCCCGCCACGCGCUUCCCACUGUUCCAUCUGCAACAAUUGUGUCCAAAAGUUCGAUCAUCAUUGUCCGUGGGUUGGCCAAUGCAUUGGUGCUAGAAACUACAGGACAUUCAUCUUGUUUGUUUCGACAUCAACAAUCUUGUGCGUAUAUGUGUUCACAUUUUCGUUGCUUCACAUCCUCAAAGAACCGGGCAGUCUAUUAACGAUCAUGUCCCGAGACAUUGUCUCGGUCAGUUUAGUCGUUUAUUGCUUCAUUGCCGUGUGGUUUGUUGGCGGGCUUAGCGUCUUCCAUUUCUAUCUCAUGUCCACCAAUCAGACGACAUACGAGAACUUCCGAUACCGAUACGACAAGAAGGAAAACCCGUACAACAAAGGCAUGAUUCGAAACCUAAAGGAAGUGUUUUUCUCUAAGACGACCCCUUCUCUGGUCAACUUUCGGGAAUGGGUUUUGGAAGAAGUAGACGAGUCGGUUAUAGAAUCCGUGACAAAAAAAUACGGUGGGGACUGCAAGAAGUCAAAUGGGAAGGUUGACUUGGAGAUGGGUAUUUACGAAAAGGAUGGCAAACCGAUUCCGGAUAUAUUGAAGAACUUGGAUUAUAACGGGAUAGACGAUAGCUUGAGAAAGGACAAUGGCGGUGAAAUUGAUGGCCUCGACCCGUUUUUCUCUCCUCGUUCUCACGAAGAAGAAAAGCAUGAAAAUCGAGAUAGUACCGUUGAUGAUGAUGAUGAUUUGUUGGAGUAUAGCUCACGGGGGACAUGA